UGAGCAAGCUCGUCGCUCGCCCGCGGUUCCAGCCCACUGUGCCGCCGCCCUCGCGCGGGCGCACACGGCGCGGGCGGGCGCUGAGAGGAGUCUGCGGCUGUGCAGUGGAAUUGAAGAGAGAGGAGGUGGGCCGCGGGCCGGGACCCCGGCACGAUGGCCGGCUGCCGCCACCACUCGGGUUACUUGGCCGACGACGAGGCCGGCCACUCCACGUAUGUGGCACGGGUGCAGCCACCCAAGAAGCCACUGUUCCCGGAAAUGGGGCCAAGCGCCAAGCUGGGCCGUGAGCCACACCCACCAUCCAUGUAUGGCAGGUCAGUGCUCCGGUGCCACCGCCAAAGCAGAAGAGGCCCUCAGCCCUUUGGCAGCUUCCUGGAUUUCCUGACCGAGGGCCAGGUGCUGGAAAGCCUGCAGACGGUGGUGGAGGAGGCGACUGAGCGUAUGACUGCUGUGAAGACAGAGGCUGGGGUGCCGCUGGUGGAGGUACAGGACCCAGUGGAGAUGCCAAGUGACAGGCGGCGGGCACGUGCCCGGCCCAGCCUCAGAACUGUGCACCGGCACCGUGCUCAGCCCAGCCUGUGCGUGGGACGCCCCAACAACUACCCAUCCUGCUCGAGUUCCAUGUCCGACUCCCAUAGCAGCCGCACAGCUGGCCGGCUGGGCUCCCACAGCUGGCACAGUGGCCUGGGAGCUCGCGGCUUAGGUUCACUGCCACCUGUGAGCGAGGAGCUCCUGCUAGAGAAGAACCUCAAGCGGCUGCUGCGGCUGGAGAACAAAGGGAAAGGCCUGAGUCAGUCCUGCUCCCAGAAGGACUCCCUGCUGUGGGACUCACUGGGCAGCCAGACCAGCAGCCAGUGGACCCAGGAGCAGCCCCUGUCCUGGUUCUCAGGGCUGCUGGACCCAAGUUCAGGCACACCAGAAGCGGCAGAGCUGGGGCCUGGGGAGCUGUUCCUCAAGCAGGACUUCAACAAGGAGAUGCAGUCGCUGCUGAGCCAGCCGGCACCCUUCAACCUGCCUGGCUACUGUUCACUCCGUGAGCCCCAUCGCACCCUGGACUUCCUGGCCGAGCACCACCUCUUCCCUGCCCUGCAGGGCGUGGUCAGCCAGGCUGUGGACAAGCUCAGUGGCGCCUGCCGCCGUGACGGCUGCCCUCUCUUCCCUGCCAACUUGGAGUCCACUUCAGGGCUGCCGGUUAACUUCGACCUGCUGUUGCCAGGCUCCAAGUUCACCGCACCCGACAGGGAGGAGCCCUGUGACUCCCUCCCCACGACAGACUCCAGCUCCGGGAUGUUUUGCAGAAAAAUCGACAGCAGACAGGGCUCCCCCUCCACGCCUAUUGCCCAGAUGGCCACCAAAUUAAGGCUCCAGGCUGUCACACAGAACCCCGGCAGCAAGUUCUUGAAGAAGGAGCCUCUGCCCUCCAUCCCGUCCAAGUCCAACGUGUCUCACUUCAGCAACCCCUGGUACGAGGAACUGGUCAACUUCCUGACCCAGCAGGCAGUCUCCCUGCUCAUCUGCAAGUACAAGUUCGAGAACAACCUUAAUAAGCAGCUGGGUUUCAUCUCCUUCCCCAUCACUGAGAUGCUCAUGGACCUUCUCCUGGGCUUCAAGAAGGUGAAGGGCUCUCACAUCCACCUGUCCUCAAAGAUCGACUGGGCCUGCCUGCGGCACAAGCUGGAGAAAGCUGAGAGGGCCUGGCAGGCCUCCCGGCGCAGCCCCGAGCCCCCUUCCACGCGGCCCCCGUCCACGCAGCCCCCCUCCGCGAAGCUCCUCUCCACUCGGCCCCCGUCCAUGCAGCCCCUCUCCGCGAAGCUCCUCUCCAUGCAGCCCCCCUCCACGUGGCCCUCCUCCACGCGGCCCCCCUCCACGCAGCCCCCCUCCACACAGCCCCCCUCCACGCAGCCCCCCGACACCGACCAGGACCAGCUCCAGGCCACGGAGUCCUGCCACAUGCUCUAUGCUGACUUGCCAGCCAGCCAGCUGCUCAGCUCUCAGAAGCCAGUGGCAGCCGCAGACCCGACACUCAGGAGCCUGUUGGAGCCCAAGCUCUCAGUGUCCUCUGGCACUGGUGUGGGCUCUAGUCCCCCCAAGUCCAAGGAAACACCGACCGCCGAAGACAGCGAGUGCAGUGACGGGGUUGAGGUCGAGGAGGAGCUGUCAGCCUCCAAGGCUGAAAGUGGGUCCCAGAGCCUCCCUCAGCCUAGUGCGGAGGCCUUGGUCAGCCACUCUGUGGAUGUGGGCCACAGUGACCCCCCGUGAGGUCCCUGCAAGCCACACUGAGCACUUGAUCCCCUACUCCUCCUCCUGCUCCAUCACAGAGUUACUGCCCACUCGGCAGCCCUGCCCUGAGCAGAGCUUGGGAGUGAACACCCACAGCCAGCUUUGCUGAGACCCUCAGGGAAGCCAAUGUAUGAAAUAGAAAUAAAGCCUGUGUUGACAGAGCGCGGUUUUCAUGG